ACGACGGCGACAGCGUCUGGAUCGGCGUCGCAGCGCUCCGUUUCUGUUCCCAGCCAGCCUGCCAGCACGGUGUGUGUGCCGCGUGCCUAGUCCAGAUUUUAAUUUUGUUUAUGGAUUUUAUUUUGCCCUCCGCCCCGGUGUUUAUUGCCCUCGACGACUGCGAGGAGGUUGGGGUUCGACAUGCCAAGUAUGUUUGAAGAGUGUUUCGGGAGUGGGCCUUUCAUUUUCAGGAUAAACGAAAAUGGUACAGGACCGCAGCUUCUUACACAGGUUUGCUUGGAGCGAGGAUGGAGAGAGUACACCUCGGAGAAUGACAACUGGAACCUCUGGUGGAGAACAACUGGAUUCCCCGUUAGCCAUCACAGAAGUAUUUACGCUUGGCAGUAUCUGAACCACAUUCCAAAGGGCGCGGCAAUUUGUAGGAAGGACAAUCUAGUUAGGUACUUAAGGUGCAUGAAGAAGGUGUACGGGUCUAUCUAUGAUUUUAGUCCGCAUGGAUACAAUCUUCCUCUGGAAUACACCAAGUUGGCAGCAGAAUGUAGCAGGGGUAGAGACGCCGCCCACAAAUACCUCGACGAGAAACCGAUUUGGAUAUGCAAACCUGUUGCUCAAAGUCAGGGUCGCGGCAUAUUUCUGUUUAGGAAAUUAAGUGAACUGAACUACGACACCAACACGAUAGUACAAAGAUACAUCGACAAACCCCUGCUCAUCGGCGGUUAUAAAUUCGACCUGAGGCUGUACGUGUGCAUACCCUCCUACCACCCUGUGACCAUAUACAUGUACAGGGAGGGGUUGGCUCGUUUUGGAACCGACAAAUUCAGCUUAAACGACCUCAGGAACCCCUUCCGACACCUGACCAACUACUCUAUAAACAAACUAGGACCAGGCUACACUGAAAUGAAGGAUCGAGUGGGAUCGGGAUGUAAGUGGACUUUGAGACAGCUCAGGAGAUAUUUCCAACAAGCUGGGAUCUCGGAUUGGUUAUUGUGGCAACGAAUCACCUCUCUUGUUAUUUUGACAGUUCUAAGCCACGUCAAUCAGAUACCUCCAACCGUCAAUUGCUUUGAAUUCUUCGGAUUCGAUGUUCUUAUCGAUAGUUCACUACGACCAUGGCUUCUAGAAGUAAAUUUGAGUCCCGCUCUAAGCAACGACUGUGAUGCCGAUAGGCUUGUCAAGAAACCAAUGUUGCAUGACAUGUUCGACCUACUAGGCUUACCUUUGUAUAACACUGGUUUGUCGGUAUUCGAUAUAUUUUCUGACGAGCCAAUCGUGACCACCAGUGAAGAAGACCUGGCGCCCACAAAGCUUACCUUGAAAAGCACCAUCAGCGUCGUGAACGCUGCUGGUCGAUGGAGAAGGAAACACAAGAAGAUGUCAGCCUCCCACAGUUCCAGAUCCAAUUCGGCGAUUCGAUCGAAGAGUAGAACGGCGUCUACUGCCAACCAAAAGACUUACAUGAAUCUGCCAAAAGUACAAGUAGACGGUAGGAACUUGGGCCAAGCCGUGUGCAAUGUAGCCGGAACAAAAUUCGUGGACGAAGAGAGCAAGAAACACGACUAUAAAAAUUGGGGUAAUGGGAGAAACUGGAGGUUUGCCACACCUAGGGAAGGAGGGUGGGUUCGGAUAUGGCCCAUAGCGAUGGACGCAAAAAGUAACGACCUGAAUGAUUCAAACAGUAACGGAUAUGUGAAAAAUAUGGUCAAUAAGGUGAUAAAAUUCACGAAAACAGCCAAGGAUCUUGCCAGAAAGCACCCCUCAGCUUCAGAGAGUCAGCUGAGCGAGUUUCUCCAAGAUGAAAUGGACAUUACUGGUGACAUAUGGAUCCCUCCAAUUUGAGCAUUCAGAUGCGAUUCGCUACCGUCGAAUAACUGCCGUAGCUAUGCCAAAUGAUCGUGAUUUAUUUGUAUCUUUCCUGUUAAGCUAUGAUAUCGAUUUCAGGCCUUAAAUUUAAAUUAAGAAUACUCUUCUUUCCUUGCAAAUAGAAACGUU